UUUUGGAUUUUCCAUCAGGUGUAGUUUAUGUUUCAGAUGUUAUUUUGAGUAAAUAAUUUUUUUUGGGUAAAAAAGGUCUUUAUUGUGUAGUUAUUACAUAAUCACCGCGCCAUCGCUCUUCAUGCACGUCGCACGAAGCGCGCGAGGUCAUGGGAGAACCUUAUUUAUUGAAUUGGAUUUAGAAAUGCGAUUCAAAGAGCUUUUGCUAAGUUACCCUUAUAAUAUCUAUUUCCUCCGUUUUCUCUCAAGGGAAAGCAAGGGGGGGCAUCAGGAUUUUAGAGGUGAUUAGGUGGGGCAUGGCCAAAAAUAGGUUGGGAACCACUGGUCUACAGCAACAGUGGGUUUCCUGAUGUUUUCAAUGUUGGAAUCUGAUCUAUAUUGCUGUUAGCAAGGUUGUUCCUGGAUGUCCUGAGUCUCCCAACUAAUCAUUGGAGAUCUAGUGUGUGGUCCUCCUGUGAAAACUAAGAGCUAGUUAUGAUCAUACCCUGUCGUCUGCAUCCCUCCAAUUCAGCUGCAGCAAUGUAGAAACAUAGAAGCAUAGAAAAUAGGUGCAGGAGGAGGCCAUUCGGCCCUUCGAGCCAACACCGCCAUUCAUUGUGAUCAUGGCUGAUCGCCCCCAAUCAAUAACCCGUGCCUGCCUUCUCCCCAUAUCCCUUGAUUCCACGAGCUCCUAGAGCUCUAUCUAACUCUCUCUUAAAUCAAUCCAGUGAUUUGGCCUCCACUGCCCUUAGCGGAAGGGAAUUCCACAAACUCACAACUCUCUGGGUGAAAAAGUGUUUUCUCACAUCAGUCUUAAAUGGCCUCCCCUUUAUUCUAAGACUGUGGCCCCUGGUUCUGGACUCGCCCAACAUUGGGACCAUUUUUCCUGCAUCUAGCUUGUCCAGUCCUUUUAUAAUUUUAUAUGUUUCUAUAAGAUCCCCCUCAUCCUUCUAAACUCCAGUGAAUACAAGCCUAGUCUUUUCAAUCUUUCCUCAUAUGACAGUCCCGCCAUAUGUAGAUCUAUUUCCACCUCAUAUUACUUAAAAUAUGUUUUAAAUUUGCAUUUUGAAGGUUUGAAGUUGUCACAAGGACCACUGUUUCUCCCAUACUGAGGCAAUAUCUUUAUGUGUGAGUCAUUGGGCUAUAGUGCAGCAAAUCCAGAGUUGUUGUGUUAUAUGAGAGUCAGAAAUGCAAGACCUGACAGAUGUUGAGGCAUGCCCCAGGCGUUCCUUGAUCCCACUCGGCAAGUCACAAACUGGAAAAGAUAAACGGAGUGGUAAAACCUGUGCUUUGCUUAGCGUAACUGCAGUCAAGCUUCAGAGUUCAGCGUUUUGCUGUUGGUGGCAUGAGCAGUUCUGUGGUGUAACUGAUGUUGUGUCUCCUGGACAAUCAUUAAUAUUCAGCAAAUGCCAGAUGGACCACUUCUCUGGGGCAUUUGGAGACACCCCGAGCUUCCUCACCUAAUGGACUAGAAGUUAUUUGCAGGUUGCAGUUAUUUGCAGUCAGUCUCAAGAAGAUGAAGACAAGCUGGCUAAUUAAAUACACACUGUUCGCAUUCUGCUACAUCUUCUGGGAAAUACCAUCACAUUCUGGGAAAUUUGGGAUUCUAUUCAAGGAAAAACAUUUUUGAAGUUUGGAAGCACUGGGCAGAACAUUGGAAAGUACAGCCCUGCAAAUAACACAGGAUCUAUCUGAGGUAGCCAGUGGGCUGAUGAUAGCUGUGGGGAUCUAUGCCAAAACAGCAGUCGAGGGAGGUGCUGUGGAGUCACUAACUGCAGAUCCUGCACUGAUACUGAUGAUUGUUGGAUGCUUAAUAUUCUGCAUCACUUUUCUGGGCUGCGUUGGAGCAUUGCGUGAUAUUCAAAUUCUGCUGAAAAUAUUCCUGUGGACUCUCCUGUUCAUUCUGCUGCUUCAAGUAACAGGUGCUGUACUUGGCUUCGCAUUCGCUGAAAAGGUGGAAAUGAGGGCUGUGGCAUUACUGGAGAAAGGAAUGAUCAGAUACAGGGAUGAUCUUGACUUGCAAAAUCUUAUUGAUUACAUCCAGAAAAAGUUCAGAUGUUGCGGAGUAUUAAGUUACAAAGACUGGUCCAAAAAUGUGUACUUCAGCUGUGCAGAAACCAACCCCAGCCUCGAACGAUGUGCCGUGCCGUUUUCCUGCUGUGUGAUGACAACUGAAGAGAUGCUGAACACCAUGUGUGGGUAUGAGACUCAGCUGAUCGAUCCUUGGGAAAACCGGAAUCAGAUCUACACUACUGGAUGUCUGGACACUAUUGUCAAAUGGGGACAGCGGAAUCUGUAUCUGAUCGCUGGUUUAGGCCUUGGUCUGCUUUUCCUCGAGAUUCUGAUGAUCUCACUGACAGCUGCUUUGCUCAAACAAAUCCACUUCAUCAAGAAGCGAAUCACUCGUAGACCCACCACACAUUAGCGCUCAACUCUCAAAGACCAUUCAUCUCUUCUUGUUAGGGCAUUGUCAGCAUCUGAGGAGAAGGAGCACGUCUUCUUACGAUCGCACUGAACCCUCGGCACCCCUUGCAAAUAUGGGCCUUGAAACCAGAGAGGAUCUAACAGGACUGCACGGAAUCACCACUCUGUUUUUUUUGUAAUGGGAUUGAUUUACAGAAAAAAUAUAUUACGCUUGCUAAGAGCUAUUUUGGAAUAUAGCUCCAGGGAAUCGUGUUCAAUUACUUUAUCAUUUGGUAAAGUUCUUAGCUGACUGGCCUGUACGGUUUGACUAUGUGACUGAGACAAAAUAGCUCAGCUUAGCCUACUGGAGAUAUCGUACACACCAACAACUCCCCAGGAGAGAGCCUAAGAUCAGGAACUGUGGGGAAUUUCAAUCAGCACACAGACCACCUGUAUCACUUGCCUUGCUGCUGGCUGUAAAUAGCGUAUCAAACCUGAGACCUCACCCACCUGGUCUACUUCUUCCCAGCUUCCUGGGCUGAGUGAAACAUCAUCUAUUCCUUAUCCCCAGAGAUGCUGGCUGACCCCCUGAGUUACUCCAGCAUUUUGUGUUUGUCUUUUUGACUAAGCCAUCUACCUGUGACGCCACUUUCAAGGAACUAUUUACCUGCAUUCCCAGAUCCCUCUGCUCUACAACACAGAUUAGACUGCCCAAAAUGCAACACCUUGCACUAAUCUGCAUUAAACUCCAUUAAUCUUUCCUACACCCACUUGCUCAGCUGAUCAAGAUCUUACUGUACUGUUUGAUAACUGUCUUCGCUAUCUACAAUACCUACAUUAGUGUAAUCUGCAAUCUUACUAAUCGUGCCUUCUUCAUUUGCAUCCAAUUGUUGAUAUAAACCACAAACAGUAAUGGGCCUAGCUUGGUUCCUUGGGGCACACCACUGGUUACAGGCCUUCAGUCCAAAAAACAACCUUCCACUAUCAUCCUCUGCUUCAUUCCAUGAAGUAAUUCUCUAUCCAGUCGGCUAGCUCUCCCUGGAUCUCAUGUGAUCUAAUCUUCCAGAGCAGCCCACCAUGUGAAAUCUUAUGCCUUACUAAAGUCCAUAUAGAGAAUGUCUACGGCUUUACCCUCAUCAACCUUUUUGGUUACUUCUUGAAAAAACUCAGAUUCAUAAGAUAUAAUUUCCCAAAUAUAAAACAAUGUUGACUAUCCUCAAUCAGCCCCUGUCUAUCCAAAUGCAUAUAUAUCUUAUCCCUCAGAAUACUUUCCAAUAGCUUGUCUACCACAGACGUUAGGCUCACUGAUCUAUAGUUGACAGGUUUUUUCCGUACAGCCCUUCUUAAAUAGGCAGAAAAUUAGCCAUCCUCCAGUCUUCCAGCACCUCACCCUUAUCUAAUGAUGAUUCAUAUAUCUCAGCCAGGCCACCUGCAUUAGGAGGAACUGUUGAGGAACCUUAUUGAGAUGCUGCACUCAACCAAGGUGUGGUGCUGGUGGAGGGAUUGAAGGUUUAGGGUGUAGGUCGGGCCACCAAUCAUGUGACUGAUGGCUCUCGGAGACAUCUAGCUUCUUUUAGCUCGAGACCUUGGUUGGAGGUAAACCUAUUUGAGCAAGGAGGCAGGUUUAUCGCAAUCCUAGCUUGUGCCUUGUGGAUGGUGUCAAGUGAGUCACUCACAGGGGUUACUCAGCCUCUGACUUACUCUUGUACCCACAGUCAUAUGUGGCCGAUGCAGCUGAGUUACAAGUCAUGUUGAGUUUAAAGUCAUAUGUAUAAGUAGGGUGUACUUUCUGUCCGAUGUUGCUCAUAGUGCCUUGGUGAUGAUAGUGGGUUUGAAUGCCAAGAGAGGUUUGACAAGCUUUCUCUUGGAGUUGGCCUUUGACUUGCCCUUAUAUCUAUAGCAUUUCUGCCCAUCACAGUGAUAUGGUAGCGGUGCAGUGGUCAAGUUACUUCAUGUAGUCGAGGACUUAGUGCCUGCAGAUGUGGACAGCUUCAUUUGUUGAUGAUUUGUAAAUGGGUUGGAACAUUGUGUAAUCAUCAGCGAACAUCCCCACUCAUUGAUGAAGCAACUGGAUAUGGUUGUAGCAAAGGCUCAGCCCUGAGGUACUCCAGCUAUUACAUCCUGGCACUGAAGUGAUUGGCUUUGAAUAACCACAACAGUCGUUGUUCUUCACCCGUUCUCGUGUAAGACCAAAUAUACUAGAGCCCCGCUGUAGUAUCUUUGAGUAAGACCAUGGUAUCUCGUUUAUAGAGAGGUGAGUUGGGCGAUCAGACCAGUCUGGGCUUGAAUGUUCCUUCCACACAAAAGGCAGAGGUGGGAUGGAGCUGCAGCAUCAGUGGUUCUUGAUUCACUUUUCCUAUUUGUCUCCUCUAAUCUACAGUGGCUUCCUCGUAUGAGUGAGCACCACUUUUUAUGCGGGCACGUCACAAACAGGACGAUCCAAUACUUGUUGUUCCCAGUGGCGUGUGCCAAUGUUGAAACUCUUCAGGGAUAUUCUAAGAGAGUCUUUGAAUCUCUAUCUGUCCAUCACACGAUGGUCUACCCGCAGUCAGCUCUCCGUGAAGUAGCUGCUUUGGUGUUCCGUCAUCAUUCAUUCUUCUGCCACGUCUUGCCCACCUGAGCAGUGAUUCAGCAAUGUGUAGAUGUUGGGAGGUUUGGCUGGGACAGAACCUGUAUCUGGAACUUUGUCUUGCCACUUGAUGUGAAGUAUUCUCCACAGACAUGUCACGUGGAAGUGGUUAAGCUGUCUGGCAUGUCUGCUGUAUACGUUCGUGUCUUGCAAGCAUGGACCAAGGCUCUCAGUAGUGGAUAAAUUCACUGGUGUAGAGGGAAUAGAGUUAGAAGUCAGAAGUCAUGAUAUCCAGUAGAUAGUGAGUUCAAUUGGUACAUGCAGAGCAACGUGUACAUAUAGACAAAUUUGUUAUUUUUACCUUUUCCCCCCCUAAAACUGCUGAUAAGACCUAAGCGAUUGUAACGGUAAGGUAUUUAUGUUAGUGUGGACUUGAUGUAUCAGGGAGGCAGCUCUGUUAUGAGUCUUUGUUACUUCUCCUUGGUCUGGGAUCCAGAAGGGUACCAGGACAUCGGAGUUCUCCAGACCUGCUAUCACAAGCCAGAAUCUCCAAAGGAUAGAUGGCCGUGGGACUUGAUGCUACCAGCCAUUGCUCAUAUCAGUGGAGACACAAUGGGCAGAAGGGCAUGAGAUUUGUUGCUUUAUUAUUUCUCUAUUUCCUGUAUUACAUAUUGGCUCCUUUAUUAAGUAUUGUCCUGUGUUUUACAAUAAUAAACAGUCAUUUGUAACUUU